AUGCCUCCUCUUCAAGAGACUAAUGAACAUAUUGAUCAAGCGUUCACAAAUGUUGAUCCCAAUGCAACAGUGAAAUUCAGUGAUGAUCAACAAAGUCAUUAUGUUAUAGAAAUGCGUGGAGGUGAUACAUUACAAGUUCAAAUGUCUAUUGAUGGUUCUCGAGCAUUAGCAUCAUUAUCUCCACGUAUUACUGUUACAUUUCAUAAUGUCUCAAAAGUUAUUAAUGUUCCAGCAAAAAUGAUUGAUCCUUCAUCAAAAGAACGAUUU